CCGGCCAGCUCUGCGCCUCUUUCGUUCCUCUUCACUACCGUCCUUGAUCAGAGGCAGGCCUCGUCCAUCUUUCACCAAAUUCGCGCUACCUUGGUUCCAAGAUUCACCGCGCUCGACGAUCGAGUCCCAGAGCAGCAUCGCAACCGGCACGACUGCCGCUCCAAGGCCACUCCGUACGGGGUCCAACCGCUUGCCGUGAGAGCAACCGCAGCUAGCAGCGCUGGACAUCCGCUACCUCAUCUCGACAGCGAUACUUUAUCUCGUCACCAGCUAGCGUGGUCACCCAGUUAGCGUAUCGAUCGACCUCUCUUCAACCUCCAUCGCCGCCUACCAUGUCCCGCCCUCUCUCAGCAGCAAGGCGGCGGACCGCACUCUUGUCCCUCGUCGUCCUCGCCCUUGCCCUCUUCAGCUCAGUAUAUGCUGGCGAAGCUGAGUUGCUCGAGACAAGUGUCCGUCGCACGCCUCUACCUGCCAGAAGAUCAUACGACACACAUCACUAUUACGCCGUCGAGACUCGCGCGUCGUCCGACAUCGACCCACGCGAGGUUGCAGAGCUGCUGGGAGCAGAGUUCGUAGAGCGAGUUGGCGAGCUGCAGCAUCACUGGCUGGUACGAUCAGAAAAGCCCUUGAGAGCAAGAGACGCCGAGACUGCACACUCAGACGCCGUCCUCAGACGCUGGACUGAGCUGCUUCGCUCGCGCCACACCAACUCCCACGGCCUAGCCAAACGUCAUCAUGCCGCUGCCCUCUCCAUCAAGGCCGUGGAGCGCCAAGAAGUCAGACGAAGACACAAGCGCGAUGUCAUCUACUCACCGUGGGAUACGCCUCACCUUUACCCAGAGCAGAGGGAUCCCAUUCCUGGUCCAGAGCCGCAGCCUUACCCAGACCCUCUACCUCGUCCGCCUGCUUUGACUACGGACAAGAUCUUCAAAGUUGCCAACCAGUUUGGCAUUCGCGAUCCUACUUUUCCUACGCAGUGGCAUCUGGUGAACGACAAGAGAAUCGGAAAUGACCUCAACUUGACCGGGGUCUGGGCGCAGAAUAUUACGGGAAGGGGAGUGACUGUCGCGCUUAUCGACGACGGAGUGGACAUGCACUCGCCAGAUCUCAAGGAGAACUUCUUUGCCGGCGGCUCAUACGACUUCAAUGCUCACACCGCCCUGCCCGAGCCCCGCGAAGCAGACGACCAGCACGGCACGCGCUGCGCAGGCGAGAUUGCGGCAAUCAAGAACGACGUCUGCGGUGUCGGGGUAGCCUACGAUGCCCACGUCGCCGGUCUGCGCAUCCUCUCCGGGCCCAUAUCCGACGUUGACGAAGCCGCUGCUCUCAACUACGCCUACCACGACAACCACAUCUACAGCUGCUCGUGGGGUCCGCCAGACGAUGGACGAAGCAUGGACGCGCCCAAGGGUCUGAUUGCCAAGGCCAUCUUGAAUGGCGUGCAGAACGGCCGCAACGGCAAGGGAAGCAUCUACGUCUUUGCCGGCGGGAAUGGUGGCGCUUCAGACGACCAGUGCAACUUCGAUGGCUACACCAAUUCCAUCUACACUAUGACCAUCGCUGCGGUGGAUCGCGAGAACUUGCACCCGUACUACUCGGAGAUGUGCUCAUCCAACCUGGCCUCGGGGUGGAGCUCGGGAUCCAAUGACCACAUUCAUACGACGGAUGUGGCGUGGAACGGGGUCAAUCGCUGCACUUCGAACCACGGCGGAACGAGCGCAGCAGCUCCCCUCGUAGCAGGCGUGGCUGCUCUUGCUCUGCAGAUCAGGCCCGAACUGACCUGGCGAGACAUGCAGCACAUCGCAGUGCACAGCGCGCAAAUGGUCAACCCAAACGACAAGGACUGGCAGCAGACCCAAGCUGGUCGUCACUACAAUCAUAAGUAUGGGUACGGGAUCAUCGAUGCCUGGCAGUUCAUCGAGGAGACCAAGCGUCACAAGCUCGUCAAGCCGCAGGCCUGGUCGAACUCGGGCAAUUUGACCAUCCCCAAGGACAGCACGCUGGUCGGCAAAGAGGGCGUCAAGUCGGUCUUCAAGGUCACGCCUGAGAUGCUCAAGCGGGAUAAUCUCGAGAGCAUCGAACAUGUCACUGUCCGCGUCUGGAUUACGCACGAGCGUCGCGGCGAUGUCGAAGUUGAGCUCAUCUCGCCUCACGGAACCAAGUCCGUCCUUGCCCGCCCACGCCGCUUCGAUGAUGCGACCACCGGCUUCCCCGGUUGGGGCUUCAUGACCCUCAAACACUGGGAUGAGUCACCCGUAGGCGAUUGGACAAUGGUGGUGUACGACCGCGCGAAUCCGAAGACGACGGGCAACUUCUGGGCGUGGAGUAUGACGCUUUGGGGUCAGGCGAUUGAUGCUAAGCUGGCAAAGGUCUGGAACUUCCCCGAGGACUCGGCCGAGUUCCACGAGACGCUGGCCGCUGCGCCUUCCACUACGCUGGUGCAAGGAGAAGGAGCAGCACAGACGCCUGCGGGCGGCGCGGCUGGUAGUGGCCCGACCUCGCAACGCCCCAAACCAACAGACCAUCUGCCUUCCGACCACGGCUCUCAGCCGGGAGAGUCGCACCAGGAUUGGACCGGCUCGAAGCCAGAGGGGGACACGGGCUAUCUCACUGGGCUCAAGAAGAACUCGACCUGGCUCUUUGUUGCUGCAGGUAUCGUCAUCAUCUUUGCGGGAAGCACCGUCGCCUUCUUUGUGCUGCGACGUCGCAGCCGCAAGAGGAGGGCGAAUGCGGGCGACUACGAGUUUGUGCCGGAGGACGAGGACGAGAUGCAGAUGUCGCGCCUAGGUGGGGCCAGAGGGCCUGGUGGACGUGGCAUCGAUGGUGCAAGUGGAAGGAGGACGAGAGAGAUCUAUGACGCUUUCCGUCCAGGCAGCGAUGAUGAGGACGACGAUUCGGGCGACGAUGAGGCGUUGCUGCGUUCAAAGGAGAAGGGCGGCGCGGGAGCGUAUCACGACGAUGUGGAUGAUGACGAGGAUGGCGAUCAGAGGUUCACUAUUGGAGACUCAGAGAAGACGCCUGUUACGGCAGAGGGGCGACAACAGCAGGAGGAGAGGGAAAAGCAGGCUGACCUGCUUGGCGGCGAGUCGGGCGAGUCAGGUGAAGGGAGCAACUCAUCGCGGGAUGACGAUGGCGAGAGAGCGAAGGGCGAGAAGUGAUAGAUUAAUGACGUUGGCGGGAAGACAAAUACAUCAUCAUCGAG